CAUCCUGCCUGGGGACCUACCGCUUUGUGGCCCCUAAUCACGCCGAGGCCAGGAAACCCUCGGCCUCAACGGUGCGCCACCCUGGAGCCCGGCCCGGCCCGGCCCCUGCUGGCCUAGGAAGGACUGGUCGCCGGGCCUCGGAGGCUCCGGUGCCGAGACGACGACCCACCUGCCAGCUAGUCGGGGCCAAGGCUGCGGCCGUCCCCUCCCGCCCGGCUCCACGUAAAACCCGGAGCGGAGAUCGUUCCCCGGCUCCCUAGAGGCGGCGCGGCGCGGCGGACUGGGCAUGCGCAAUGCGCAGGGCCGGCUUCCCAGCGCCAAAAGGAAGCGUUCGCCGAGAUCGCAGCGGCUGCGCCGGGGUAUGCGGAACGGGCUCGUGUGGCUGCUGCACCCCGCGCUGCCCGGCACCUUGCGCUCCAUCCUCGGCGCCCGCCCGCCGCCCGCGAAGCGACUGUGUGGAUUCCCAAAAAAGACUUACAGCACAAUGAGUAAUCCGGCCAUCCAGAGAAUAGAAGACCAAAUUGUCAAGUCUCCUGAAGACAAACGGGAAUACCGUGGACUAGAGCUGGCCAAUGGCAUCAAAGUGCUUCUCAUCAGCGAUCCCACCACAGACAAGUCAUCAGCGGCCCUCGAUGUGCACAUAGGUUCACUGUCAGACCCUCCAAAUAUUCCUGGCUUAAGUCAUUUUUGUGAACAUAUGCUGUUUUUGGGAACCAAGAAGUAUCCUAAAGAAAAUGAAUAUAGCCAAUUUCUCAGUGAACAUGCUGGAAGUUCAAAUGCAUUCACCAGUGGAGAACACACCAAUUAUUAUUUCGAUGUUUCCCAUGAACACUUGGAAGGAGCCCUGGACAGGUUUGCGCAGUUUUUCCUGUGCCCCUUGUUUGAUGCAAGUUGUAAAGACAGAGAGGUGAACGCUGUCGAUUCAGAGCAUGAGAAGAAUGUGAUGAACGAUGCCUGGAGACUCUUCCAGCUGGAAAAGGCUACGGGGAACCCCAAACACCCCUUCAGCAAAUUUGGGACAGGAAACAAAUAUACUCUAGAGACUCGGCCCAACCAAGAAGGCAUCGACGUAAGGCAAGAGCUCUUGAAAUUUCACUCUACGUAUUACUCGUCCAAUCUGAUGGCGAUUUGUGUUUUAGGUCGAGAAUCUUUAGACGACCUCACUAACCUGGUGGUGAAGCUGUUCUCCGAGGUGGAGAACAAGAAUGUCCCUCUGCCUGAGUUCCCCGAGCACCCUUUCCAAGAAGAGCAUCUCAGGCAACUUUAUAAAAUAGUACCCAUUAAGGAUAUUAGAAAUCUUUAUGUGACGUUUCCCAUACCAGACCUUCAGCAGUACUACAAAUCCAAUCCUGGUCAUUAUCUUGGUCAUCUAAUUGGGCACGAAGGUCCUGGAAGCCUGCUGUCAGAACUCAAGUCAAAGGGCUGGGUAAAUACCCUGGUUGGUGGACAGAAGGAAGGAGCCCGAGGUUUUAUGUUUUUUAUCAUUAAUGUGGACUUAACUGAAGAAGGGUUAUUACACGUUGAAGAUAUAAUUUUGCACAUGUUUCAAUACAUUCAGAAGCUGCGUGCAGAAGGACCUCAAGAAUGGGUUUUCCAAGAGUGCAAGGACUUGAAUGCUGUUGCUUUCAGGUUUAAAGAUAAAGAGAGACCACGAGGCUAUACGUCCAAGAUUGCAGGAAAGUUGCACUAUUAUCCCCUAAAUGGAGUGCUCACAGCUGAAUAUUUAUUGGAAGAAUUUAGACCCGACUUGAUAGACAUGGUUCUUGAUAAACUCAGGCCAGAAAAUGUGCGGGUGGCAAUAGUUUCCAAAUCAUUUGAAGGGAAAACUGACCGCACAGAGCAGUGGUAUGGAACACAGUAUAAGCAAGAAGCUAUCCCAGAGGACGUCAUUCAGAAAUGGCAAAAUGCUGACCUGAAUGGAAAAUUUAAACUUCCAACAAAGAAUGAAUUUAUUCCUACAAAUUUUGAGAUUUUGUCAUUAGAAAAAGAUGCAACACCAUACCCUGCUCUUAUUAAGGACACAGCCAUGAGUAAGCUGUGGUUCAAACAAGAUGAUAAAUUUUUCUUGCCGAAAGCUUGUCUCAACUUUGAAUUUUUCAGUCGCUACCUUUAUGCUGAUCCUCUCCAUUGCAACAUGACCUACCUGUUUAUCAGGUUAUUGAAGGAUGAUUUAAAAGAGUAUACAUAUGCAGCACGCCUGUCAGGUUUGAGCUAUGCCAUUGCAUCAGGGAUGAAUGCAAUACUUCUCUCAGUGAAAGGUUACAAUGACAAACAGCCAAUUUUGCUAAAGAAGAUCACGGAGAAAAUGGCUACUUUUGAGAUUGAUAAGAAAAGAUUUGAAAUUAUCAAAGAGGCGUAUAUGCGAUCUCUUAAUAACUUCCGGGCUGAGCAGCCUCACCAGCAUGCCAUGUACUACCUCCGCUUGCUGAUGACUGAAGUGGCCUGGACUAAAGAUGAGCUAAAAGAAGCCCUUGACGAUGUUACCCUCCCCCGACUUAAGGCCUUCAUACCUCAGCUACUGUCACGGCUGCAUAUUGAAGCACUUCUCCAUGGAAACAUAACAAAGCAGGCUGCCUUAGGAGUUAUGCAGAUGGUAGAAGACACUCUUAUCGAGCAUGCUCACACCAAACCUCUCCUUCCAAGUCAGCUAGUCCGGUACAGAGAAGUCCAGCUCCCUGACAGAGGAUGGUUUGUUUAUCAGCAGAGGAACGAAGUUCACAAUAACUGUGGCAUCGAGAUCUACUACCAGACAGACAUGCAGAGCACCUCGGAGAACAUGUUCCUGGAGCUGUUCUGCCAGAUUAUCUCUGAGCCUUGCUUCAACACCCUGCGCACCAAGGAGCAGCUUGGCUAUAUUGUCUUCAGUGGACCCCGUCGGGCCAAUGGUAUCCAGGGCUUGCGCUUCAUCAUCCAGUCAGAAAAACCACCCCACUACCUGGAAAGCAGAGUAGAAGCCUUCUUGAUUACCAUGGAAAAGGCCAUAGAGGACAUGACAGAGGAGGCGUUCCAAAAACACAUUCAAGCACUAGCGAUUCGGCGACUCGACAAACCAAAGAAACUCUCUGCGGAGUGCGCUAAAUACUGGGGGGAGAUCAUCUCGCAGCAGUACAAUUACGACAGAGAUAACAUAGAAGUUGCAUAUUUAAAGACACUUACCAAGGACGAUAUCAUCAGAUUCUACAAGGAAAUGUUGGCUGUCGACGCACCGAGGAGACAUAAAGUAUCCGUCCAUGUUCUUGCCAGGGAAAUGGAUUCUUGUCCUGUUGUUGGAGAGUUCCCCUCUCAGAAUGAUAUAAACUUGUCCGAAGCGCCACCCUUGCCACAACCUGAAGUGAUUCACAACAUGACUGAAUUCAAGCGUGGCCUGCCACUGUUUCCCCUCGUGAAACCACAUAUUAACUUCAUGGCUGCAAAACUCUGAAGAAAGUAGACAUGCUCCUGUGUCUUCCAGGGCCUGGGAAAACAGUCUCAGCUUUGAGUAGUUUCUGGCUUGCUAUUAGAGAGACAAACAGAAAAGAGUUAAUCAGGCAUUAUUAUGUAGAAAUGUUAAAAACCCAAAGUAAUAAAAUUAUAAAAUCUUAUAGAUGUAGAAUAUUUUUAAAAUCUCUUAAAUAUCUUAAUUUUUUCCUUUUUAUUCCUAAGAGAAAUCCCCUUAUAUUAACUGCUUAAUCUGAAGAAAGAUAUCCCAAUACAAUCUUUCUUCUUUAUUCUGUAAAAUAGUCACUUGUCUUGAAGAAAAAAAAAAAAAAAGAGCUUUUUUUCUUAAAGGCUUCAAAACAUUUAGAAAGGAUUACAUUCACCUUUUUAAAAACCGAUCUUCACAUCUACUUUCUAUUUGAUGGUUUCCUGUAAACCAGCAGAAAACAUUACAUUUGACAGAUGAUGCACAAAGCAAUGCCAUGUUCCUUUAUUUAGUGAACUUACUGAUUUUAUAAAAUUUGGGUAUGUUUUUUAAUCUUCUUAGUCAAAUGCUGGAAGCCCCAGAAUUUCCGAUUUACAGUGCUAGAAACGCAGUUUGACCUUACAUCCAGUUCAGAAUUUCUCAGGAUUCCUGUGGGUUCUCUCUCAUCAGAUUCUGUUGACAUUUCUGUUUCUCGUAGUUGGUUUGCUGUGUUCCGUCAGCAGAUCAGCUGUUGUAACUCCCCACAACUCCUAGGGUGAAAUUGUGAUCAGUGUGUGAACUAAAACAUUUGCCCCUCUAGGGACUUAAAAGGCAGCAAAUACAGAGCCACCUCCUUGGAGAUACAAAACGGUCGCAUUCUGAAAUAGCCAGUCUCCGUAAGACUCUAAACUCCCCGCUGCUUCCGGUCUCAUCCUGCCUUAAGUGUUAUUUUUUUGAAUAUAUGAAUAUAAACAUACAGAUGAUGACUGGAGUGGACUUUUAAAAAACUAUUUUUUUCACAAGAUACUAUUUUAGGUGAAAAUGUUCCUGUAGAUUUAACAGCUGUUUUAAAGUAUUUGCUAUUAAAACUUGCUUCAAGAACAAGCGUGGCCAUGUUUCCACACACAGGCAAUAGCAACUGAAAGCAAAGCGCUCCUGUUCGUCCACCAGCUCAGGCCGAGUGGCGUUUCCACCAGGUGACAUCUUCCUGCCCCAUGUUACUUGAUUGGCCAGGAUUUUCUGCUGUAGAAUCUCUCGGCUUUUCACAGGUUAAGUUUCACAUUUUCCAAAUACGGUGAACUUGGGCGGCUGUUGAGGCUGCUCUCCCUGUGGUGCUGCGCCCGUCUUCUAUCCACAUGUUCUAAGAGUCUCCCGGUGAGAAGCCUGUCUCUGUCCAUCCCAUCAGAAGACACGAGUCAACACUGCCUUCUCCUCUGCGCAACCAAGUAGCCAAGGUCGACUUUGAACUCCUUGAUCCUCCUGCCUCCACCUCUCAAGUGCCGGGAUCAGGUGUGCGCCACCCCGCCUAGUGUGACUAUGCAGCUUUUCAUCGAACUGCAAAAUCUAUACAAAGAUGAAUCUAAACUUAGUCCUGAGUGUUCAAAUCCAUCGUUGUAAACGCAAACAACAGUCUGCUACCUUUUCUGUAAAUGAUCAUCUGCCGUUGAGUAACUUAGCUCUUUAAAAAAAAAAUGGGUACAGUUAAAAGUUUGUCAUUUGUAUGAGAAAAGGCACCUGAAGAGAUUGGAAACAAUCCCAUGUCGUCUUCCAUGAACCUGCACGUGGUGUUCAGUGUGUUCCCGAGCUCCUGUGUGUCACUUGGCAUCCCGACCGGUUCAUCUCAGUGGGUCCAGGUUGUGGUCCAUGAACAAGAACAUACUGUCCAGAGACCGCAUGUACUCAGGCUUCCGCAAGUGAGAUGUGUGAAAAAGUCACGAGUUGCCAGAGACUUAAAGUCUUUUUAAUCAGUCAGUGUGGCGGGGUCCUGAGGUUAUCCUGUUUACAAUAAAUCUGACCUGGAACUCUGUC